GACUCGCACUCCGCAUCGAGUUCGCACUCCGCAUCGCAGACUCGCCAAAACUGCUGCUACCCCGAAAUCCUCCGCCUUCUUCCUCGCCGUUUCGGGCUUUCGGCCCUCGCUUCCGCAUCGUCCCCAAAUCCAACCUUCCCUCCUCAAUCUCCCGUCCUCGCCAUGGCGUCCGAUACCGAGGGCAUCGCCGCCCUCUUCUCGAUGUACAACGACGACGAGGAAGAGGAGGACGCCGACGAGCCCAACCCCCCUUCCCCAGCGCCGCCCGCCGCCGUCACCUCCUCCUCGCCGCCGUCCCCUCAAGCCGGGGCGGAGGACCCUAACCCUUCCCUGGCGCCUCCGUCGCCUCCCCGUCCCGAGGAGUCGGCCGGUCUCAAAACCCUAGCGAGCCCUCACCCUUCCCCGGCGCGGGGGCUGCUUCCGCCACUUCCCUCGCGGCGCUCUCCGUCGCCCUUUGCAGUGUCGUCCCCGUCCCCGUUACGGGGACCAUCCUCCGCGCCGCCGGCCGACCUGCCGCGCCCGCCACGGCGCGGGGCGCUUGCAAUCGUGGACUAUGCGCACGAUGAGACGGCUAUGUCGCCCGAGCAGGAGGUAGAACCGGUGAAUAUGGAUUACUUGCAGGAUGGGGAGAUCAUGAGCCACACACAGAGAUUUAGCUCGGAUGCUCAGGCUGCUGACGGGGAUCUUGAAGAACGAACUCUCUCUGGCACAGUUCAUAUUAUGACCCCAAAUACUCCAGCAGAAAUGUCUCAUCAUCCUGAUGCACCCGAGCAGAACCAAGUAGGGACAGACAUGGAAGUGGAUGCAACUAGAGCAGAAACUGAAGAUGCCCAGGUGGAGGAAACUACUGGUAUUUCAACCAAUGGUGAUAAUGAUGAUCCAUUGAGCCGUUUCCUUCCUCCACCUGUGACUACAAAAUGCUCUGCAGCAUUACAGCAAAAAAUUAACAGGUUCCUUGCAUACAAAAGGGCUGGAAAGAGCUUUAAUGCUGAAGUGCGCAACAGGAAGGACUACAGAAAUCCAGACUUUUUGCAGCAUGCUGUGCGGUACCAAGAAAUUGAUCAGAUAGGGACCUGUUUUGGUAAAGAUGUUUUUGAUCCUUAUGGGUAUGACAAAGGCGACUACUAUGAUGAGAUAGAAGCUGAAAUGAAGCGUGAACUUGAGAGGAAGGAACAGGAGAAGAAAAGGAGCCCAAAAGUUGAAUUUAUUACUGGAGGAGUACAACCUCCAAUUAGUGCAUCAUUACCGAAGAUCCCAGCUCUGGCCGGUGUCAGUACACUACCAGUACCUACAGAAGGUUUGCAGAAAGAGACUAGACCAAACAAGAAGUCAAAAUGGGAUAAGGUUGAUGGUGAUGUUAAGAACCACUUGGUACCUAGUGGACACGACAACUUAUCAGCAACUGCUUCUGCGGCACUUUUGACUUCAGCUAAUGUUGGUGCUGGAUAUGCUGCUUUUGCGCAACAAAAGAGAAAAGAGGCUGAAGAGAAGAGAAGCGAUUAUAAGUCAGACAGAAGAUCCUAGCAGCACCCUCCUCUUUGAUCCAUUCUGAGCAGUCAGUGUAUCAUUGAGUUUUUGAGUGACUUAGUUUUGUAAUGUGGAUGAGGAAGAAACAAAACAAUUAAAAUCAGUCCAAGGCAAAUGAUUCCAGGAAAGGCCCUCUGAGCAACUUGUAGUCUUGUAUUAUACAGGUAACAGAAACAUAUCAUUUUAGGACAAGAAAAAGAGAACCGUGGCCGUGUGCGUGUUUUUGCGUCCAGCUCAUUGCACUGUCGCUGGAAUGCUGGGAUUUCCAACUAUAACCUUUUUCAAGGUUCAACAUUGACGAUCACGUUUACUUUUAUGAAGCAGAACAUCGUCGGUGGCAGUCA